AUGUUAGAUUUAUUAAAUUUACGCAAACAACUGGGUUUCUAUAAACGUUACCAUCAAAAUGUUGUUAAUGUUACCAUUCAUUCUUUCUUUGUUCCUACUAUUUUCGUAACCAGUUGUAUGAUGCUAAAUAGAGUUAAAUUAGGCAGCACAGGAAUUACUUUAGGCCAUGUAUUAAUGGUUACCUAUGCAUUUUAUUAUUUUUUAUUGCAUCGUCUUGUUGGUUUAUUAGCAUCUACAGUGAUUUUUGUAAUGAAUUAUUUCAUUCAGAAUAAUUCAAUCGAUUUUAAAUUUGAAAUUGGUCUUUGGUUACUUAGUUGGGCUUUCCAGUUCAUGGGUCAUGGUGUCUUUGAAGGAAAUAGACCUGCUUUGUUUGACAAUUUAGUUCAAAGUCUAGUAUUGGCACCUUAUUUCAUAUUAUUCGAAUUUUUAUUCGUUUUGGGAUUUUGCAAUGAACUGCAGUUACAAUUGAAAAGGGAUAUGAAAAAAUAA